UUUUAUUUUCUCUUUUCUUUAAAUUUGCACGUGUGCCCUUUUUAUCCCGUUUGCCGGUUUAAGCUUUCUUGCUUUGCUUACUUUUACGGCCACGUUAUUUUUGUUCACUUUACUUCGUUAAUCUUUUAGUAAAAUUCAAAGAAAUUGUUAACGAUUUGAUAGUUGUAUUGAAUAUAUUAUAAAAAAAAGCAAAAUGAAUGCGAUCAGAGACGGAUGGUUUAGCGAAAUCAACCCAAUGUGGCCUGGUCAAUGCAUGUCACUCAAGGUUCAAAAUGUUCUGCACGAGGAAAAAUCAAAAUUUCAGGACAUACUAAUUUUUGAUUCCCAAAGUCACGGCAGAGUGUUAGUUUUGGAUGGUGUGAUACAGCUGACAGAAAAAGAUGAAUUUACUUACCAGGAAAUGAUGGCAUUCUUGCCGGUUAACAGUCAUCCGGACCCCAAAAAUGUGUUGGUGAUAGGUGGAGGAGAUGGGGGCAUAGUUAGAGAGUUGGUGAAACACCCCAAAGUUGAAUCCAUUGUCUUGUGCGAGAUUGAUGACAGGGUGUUAGACUUGUGUCGACAGUACCUCCCAUCACUCUCUUCAGCUCUCGAUCAUUCAAAGGUCAAAGUUCAUGUCGGGGAUGGUUUUGAGUUCAUGAAAGGCCACAAGGAUGCUUUUGAUGUCAUCAUCACUGAUUCAUCUGACCCUGUUGGUCCAGCUGAAUCACUGUUCAAGAAGGAAUAUUAUGAACUGAUUAGAUCUGCACUGAAGAAAGAUGGAGUGUUAUGUUCACAAGGCGAAUGUAUAUGGUUGCAUCUGGAUCUCAUAAAGAACAUGAUAGAUUUUUGCAAGGAGUUGUUCCCUUCAGUUUCAUAUGCCUGCACCCCAGUCCCUACGUACCCCAGCGGCCAGAUUGGCUGCCUCCUCUGCAGUCUCAGUCAGAAGACCGACUUCAAAGAGCCAGUAAUAAAAUUCACAGAAGAAGAAAUGGAGCUGAUGAAGUUGAAAUGUUACACCCCGGCCUUUCAUACUGCCUGCUUUUCACUGCCCAACUUUGCCAAAAAGGUACAAUCGUAAUUAGAGUCUGUAUCAUGUAGUAAAAGCUGGUGUACUGAUUGGUUUGCUUGUUCUUUUAGCAGAUUAAAAAAAAUUCAUUCUUACUCACAAAUUCCAUCGAUUUAUUUAUUCAUCAGCUGGCUUAUUUGUUAACGAUAUUUUACAAUAUGAAAAUGAGUUUAAGAUUUAUUUAUAAACAAGGUCUUAUCCAAUCAUUUUAUGUCAAUAAUCUUUUAUUUGAUUUUUAUUAUUUACAUUGAUGAUUUUAUUAUUUACAUUGUCAUUGAAUUUUCUGUUUAUUUACUUAAUUGCACUGAAUUUUUAUUUGAUUACUAAAAGAAUUUUAACUCUAUUCACUCGAUUUUUACAAUAUCUCUGAAACUGCUAUCAUUAUUAUAAACACGGAAAAAUUUUGUAAACUGGUAACAUUGCAUGUGCAUGCUAUUUGCUAUGUUAUACAUGUAUUCUAUAAUUUUUAAUGUGUUACUGAUUGCAUUCAAAUGAUUGCCACAAUUUUUUUCAACAUUAUUUUGACUUUUAACUCAAUUUCUAUGUAUAAUAAAUAGUUUGCUGCUGUUCAAUCUCAUAUUUUUCAUCUCUUGACAAUGGUGAAGUUUUAAGUUUAAUUUCAAUAUGCAAUGAAAAAUUAUUAUUAACUGUUAAAUUAAAUAAAUUAGUACUACUAAAUGAUAAUUAACGUAAGUUUUUUAGGUAUUUAAUUUAUUAACCACAAUUGGUUAGUUAUAUA